AUGCAGCAUUCCAUGAGAGAUGUGCCUCUGCAAUUAUCAUCAAACAUAGAGUCUCAACGAACAGAUUCAGAGGCAUAUCAAUUUGUCUGCUCUUCUCUCCUGUUGGAGUUGGAAAGGCUGCAAAAAGAUAAAGAAGAAAAUAUGAAAUUGCAUGAAGCUAUGAAACUGCAGCUAAAAUUCUCAUUCAAAGAGGAGAUUGAUCAGCUUCAUAAAAAAUAUGAUCAGUUGCUUCAGAGUGCGGAGAAGAAAUUUCAUGAGAAUACAGAAACUAUUGAGAGAAGGUACAACGAAGUCCACAUAAAUAAAGUAUUAGCCGAGAUGAUGAUACAGGACGGAAAUGCAGCAACUGGAACCCUCUCACUAGAAAUGGGCAAUGUGACUACAAACCCACCGACUGAUGAAAGCCAUCAGAAUAUUUUGCAGCAGAUUAGACCACAGAAUGCAACUGGUCCAAAAGACAUACUGGAAAAUCUGCCAAUAACAGCACUCAACUGUUCAAUGGUUCAGAUGUCAAACCAAGCUUUGGCUUCUGCAAGAAUUAUGUCAAGACAAGAUGAACCUUCAGUAAGAUCUUUCAUGACAUCUCCACAGUUGUGA